GUUUGCACAAUCUCCACCCAUUAACUGGGUGCUAUUCUUUGUCAUAUUCGCAGCAUGCUUCAUCGUUCUUCUCGUAGUAGCCGGAUUGCUAUGGAUGAUUAAAAUGAGAAUCGAGAUUUACCGUCGCAAUCAAAGACGUAUUGAUGAAAUCGAACAUAUGGGUAGCAGACCGUUCCCACAUGUGUGGUUAGAACUUUCAAACUACCAUUUAGUACCACACGAUACAGGUGGACCAACACCCUUGGCUAUAGAGCCUUGUAGCAAUUAUAAAGCUGGAAUCUUUACAUUAGCUGUUCGUUUGCCAACAGGAGGAAGAUCAUCGACUCCAUGCGGAACAUCAGGAUUAGCUGUUGCAUCAGCGUUGUGCCAGCUGACUACAUCUCAACUGAGUUUACUUCAAAAACCAGGGAACUGUGAUCAUUCAGAGAAUAGGAAAACAACAUUAGGUCGUCUAUUACCAUUCCUUCAUCGAAAUUAA